AGAAAAAAUUGAUUCUAGUUAGUAUCAAAGCAAAGAGAUGAACUCAAGCAAAACAACUUUCUUCCUUGGCUUGUUCCUCGUAUCUGCCUUGUGUGUCGAAAUAAUAGAAAGCAGGAAUUGUGAAAUAAACGACGAUUGCAAAGGCUGGCAACCAUGUCCAGUGCCUCUCGCUUGUGUAUUUGGGAACUGUAUUUGUCCAUGGAAAAAUCAAUCUAAUCUCUUAACUGCUUGUGAAAUCCUAUGUGCAAGUUUGGGGAAAAAAGCUAAAAAUCCUUUUUCUAGUCCUUGCAUUUGCAUCGACAAGUAAAUCAAGAAAUAUGUG